AUGAGGACAUUACACGUGUGUGCCUUUAUUGUCUUGGUCUCCUGUGUCCUGUUGUCGUUAUUGUUAGAUGUGCGGGUGCCAGAACCCAUCGAAGAAAAGCUCAGUACCAGGGUAAUGGAAGGAUGUUUGAAAGGCCUUGGUCAUUUCUUAGGUGUUCUGAUUGCUCUUGGCAUUACAAAACCAUUUUCACCAAUGUUGAAAGGAAUUGGUAGCAAUGUCUACAGAGUAUGUACUACAGGAAAACUUUGGAAUCCACAAGACAAAGAUCUAAAGAUAACGGACAGGUUAAUGAAUGGGAUACCGGUCCGUCUUUACGAGCCGUUAACAUCUCUUCAGCAAACCAACAGAUCUGUCUUUAUAUACAUUCACGGAGGAGGCUGGACUUUUCUCUCUGUCGAUAACUAUGACCUCUUUAACCAAAGACUUUCAAAGGAAACUGGUGUAGUUAUCGUAUCCGUGGAAUACCGGCUGAUUCCUCAAAAUCCCUAUCCAGCUGGAUUGGACGACAUAAAAAAUGUUGUUUCAUACGUUUUCAAAAACGCUAGGGAUCUUGGAGUUGAUCCAGGCCGUAUUGCAGUAGGUGGAGACAGUUCUGGCGGGAAUCUUGCUGCAGCAGUUCAACUUCGCCCUGAAAUGCGCGGGAAAAUAGCAAUGCUGCUUUUAUUGGUGCCUGUAUUACAGGCAGUGAACAUGAAAACCAUCGGGUUUAUAGAAAAUAUAGAGUAUCUAAACAAAAGUAUGAACGAUCCUCAAAAGACAAACUAUUUCUUGACCUACCUCAAUUUAGAUCAUUCAUUGUGUGGUGCGUUUCUGAACAACCUUCAUACGUCUGCUGAUUUCAAACGAGGGAAAUACAAGUUUUUGUUUGAUCAGCAGACAUAUUUACCUGAUAAAUAUAUACGAUCCAAGGAGCUUAGACUAAAGAGACCCGAGGUUGAAUAUAUUGGUAAUGAAACUUUAUUUAAGGAAUUGAAAGAUAAACUAACAGAUCCUACCAUCUUUCCUUUAAUGGCAUCUGAUGAAGAACUGUCUCAUUUCCCGUUUACAUAUAUUUUGGCUGCCGGAUAUGAUUUGAUCCGUGACGAUGCAAUCAUGUUUGCAGAACGUCUUAGACAUCUUAAUAAAGACGUAGAGCUUUCACAUAUAGCUGAUGGUUUCCACAACGCAUUAUUGAUGUUUGAUGGUCCUCUUCAGACGAAUGUUGGCGUGAGAACAGUGAAUGACAUCAUCAGAGUGCUUAAAAAACUAUAGCAACAUGUAUACAAUGCUACUUAUUUAUUAAUUUAAAUAAGAUGUUACAAAGCAAUUCUAUUAUUUGAUAUUGUUAUUGUAGCAAAGUAAUAUACAAUACCUGUAUACAACGACAAUUUUAAGUAACAACUCUUUGGAGAAUACAUUUAUACUACCAUGUGGAAGAAGUUCAUGAACUACGUUAAUAAAUUUAUAAUAUGAACUACAUAAA